AUGAAAUGUUUCCUACGUAAGAGUUUCCGUGGUCAACCUUUUCACCAAGAUUGUGCUGAACGUGAAGAAGGAACCGCGUGUCUCUCCAAAGCCAAAGCAAAGACCUUGAAAACAAAGAAGGUAAUGCUCAAAGGUGCCCGCAGCCUCAAAAGAAGAAGAUCGGAGCAUCACCCACCUUUGGCUGCCCAUCUUCUGCGGGUCCAGACGCAGCCCAAAUACCCUCAAAAGAGCACACCCAGGAUAAGCUUGACCGCGACGCCGUCGUCAAAUUUCACCAGACCCCUGAGUCUGAAGAAGACAGAAGACAACACACUUGCCCUGGCUGUGAACGUCAAGGCCGGCAAGCCUCAGAUCAAAUGGGCUAUGAAGAAACUCUAUGACAGUGAUGUGGCCAAAGUCAACACCCUCAUAAGGCCUGACAGAGAGAAGAAGGUGUAUGUUCCGUUGGCUCCUGAUUAUGAUGCUCCGGAUGUUGCCAGCAAAAUUGGGACCAUCUAA